AUGUCCAGAUUCUUCGCCAAUUCGUAUGAAUCCGAGAGCGGGAGUUCGUCUUCUGAAGAAGAUCUACUUUCGGCAUCAGAAGAGGAGCUAUUGAGCUCUUCUUCCGAAGAUGAGGGGCUCCAGGAGUCGCAGGACGAGAUGUCUGGCGACUCAUUUUUCGACGAGUCGGAAGUAGAGUCUGACGUUGAUUCGGACGACUCGGACGGUAAGCCAUAUGGUCCAGACUGGUUCAAAAAACCAGAGUUCAGAAAGAGCGGUGCCACCGGCGCUUCGCGGUUCUUGAAAAAUGCAGACUACUCGGAAUCCGAGUCUGACGAUGAGGGCAGAAAAGUGGUCAAGUCCGCCAAGGACAAGCUGCUGGACGAAAUGCGUAAUGUCCACGACAAGAUUGAUGUGGCUGAUAUGACCCAAGACUUUGUGACAAUCUUGAGCGAACUCGACACCAUGACGAGACUCGUUACUAAGGCUCAGCAACAGAACUACGGUAUUCCUAACGUGUUCAUCCAAGUGUUGGCCCAGGUAGAAGACGCCGUUGCAAACACCUCACAACAAGACAUCUCUAACAAGGCCGCCGCCAGAGCUUACAACACCACUAAGCAACGUGUGCGUAAGAUUGCCCGCGACUACGAACACAUUUUAGUUCAAUAUCGUGAAAACCCAGAGGCCUUCAGCGUCAAUGCGGAUGGUGACUCUACCCACGACAACUUUGCCGUAUCAUCAUUUGCCUUAACCGGCAAGAAAGAAGUUGAUCUUUCAUCAGUGGCUACUGCGACUUCUGAAUCUGACUUCUUCUCCGCUCUUCGCAUUGUCAUCGACUCCAGAGGUAAAAAAGGUACCGACCACCAAGCACAGAUUAAGACUUUGGAAGAACUCUUGGACAUUGCCAAGAGUCCUUACGAAACUAUUCUUGCAUACUCGAACUUGAUCCCUAUUAGGUUCGAUUCUUCGGCAACUCUUUCCUACCAACCUAUAGAGCAAUGGAAGGCCUCUCAACAAGAUAUCGCUAAGCUCUACGAUACCUUGGAGGCUCAUGUAGAUCAGUACCACGUUUCUGAAUUCGGCGCUCCUAAUGACUUCAUAGAAGAAGAACCUCAACCCAACGAGAACGGUAUCAAAGAGAUUUUGGGUUCCGCUUACUCGUUUGUGGAAAGACUAGACGAAGAGUUCAACAAGUCUUUGCUAAAUACAGACCCUCAUUCCAGUGAUUUCUUGGACCGUUUGAAAGACGAACAAAGUGUUUACAAUCUGAUCUUGAGAUCACAACUUUACUUGGAAGCCACCACACCAGCUGAAUCUGACGUCUCGAAGAGAUUGGCUCGUGUCCUAACUAGAAGACUUGAUCACAUCUAUUACAAGUCUACCAAGCUAGUGGUGGGUACAGAACAGAAGGCUUGGAAAAACAUGCACCAAGACGCCAAGUCUCAAGCUACACCUUUGGAAGGUGAAGUCGACGAAGCUUACGUUUUCAAGCUCAUCGACACUUUGCAUCAAAUGUUAUCCACUCAAAAGGACGGUGCCCUACGUAGAAGAGCUGCAUUGUAUCAAAUUUACUUCUAUGCGUUGAACAAUGAGUUCCAAAAGGCUAAAGACAUGUUGCUUUCUUCGCAUGUUCAAUCUUCCAUCAACUACGCUGACCCACCUUUGCAGAUUUUGUUUAACAGAGCUGUCGUGCAGUUGGGUCUUGCUGCAUUCAAACUAUGUCUAAUUGAUGACUGUCAUCAAAUUUUGAACGAAGUGUCUACCAGUACCCACUUGAGGGAUAUUUUAGGUCAACAAAGUCUGCAAAGGCUCGCCAAUAACAACCCCACCACCAGUGGAGGAACUCCUAACGAGCAACUAUGCUUGCCGUUCCAUCAGCACAUCAACCUUGAUUUGAUUGACGUUGUCUUCAUGACAUGCUCGCUUUUGAUCGAAGUGCCUCACAUGGCUGCCUUCUUCUCUGGUAUUAAGGUCAAGAGAAUUCCAUACUCGCAAAAAUCCAUUCGUCGUGCACUUGAGCAUUAUGACAAGUCCAGUUUCCAAGGUCCACCUGAGACCUUGAGAGACCGCGUACUAUACGCCGCCAAGGCUAUGCAAAGAGGUGACUGGGAUCAGUCGGUUGAAUACCUAAGAUCGGUUCCAACCUGGUCUUUGUUGCCCAACACCGAAGAGAUGCUAACGAAUCUGGCAGAAAGAGUUCAGGUAGAAUCUUUGAGAACUUACAUCUUCACAUACAAGAGAUUUUACUCCAAAUUAUCUAUCCAAAGACUUUGUGAGCUAUUCGGAUUGGCGCCAGAAUCCGUGGUGGAGAUUGUGCAAUCUAUAAUCUCCCAAUAUGACAUGCGUGCCUCUUUGGACGAAGGUUCAAAGAAUGUUGUAUUUGAAAAGGGCUACGAAAUUACCAAGUUGGAGGAAGUGGCCGUUAAAUUGGCGAAAGAAACCAAAUACGUGAGCGAACGUCUCAAUGAGAAGAAAUAUGUUGGAUCCACCCGUAGACAGGAGUAA